CUUUCUAAAAAGAAUAGAAGUCCUUUCAAAGUUGAAUCUGUUUAUAACUGUUACUCUGCUUUAGCAAGAUAUCUUCAUGAAAACUCAAUAAUCGAAGGUGGUGUCUGGGUUUGGAAUAAAUAUUCCUUCCCCAAGGCGUUGCAUUGUUUAGACA